CUGAUCUUUUUUUCGCCUAUUUUAGUCUAUUUUUAUCUCUUCACACUAAUUUUUACUAAAAAAAAAAGAUGCCAGAAAUUUGUGUGCCACUUAAUAAAAACUAUAACAACAGUUCUUCACCCUUUUUUUAUAGAUGGUUGUAAACGAAAGAAUAUCUUGGGAAACACAGUGAUUCAUCCAAAACGUACAAUUCUUCGUGUAGCUAAAAAGCUUGUCUUUUUUGAAUAUAUUAUUGAUUGUCGUAUAGUUACUGUAAAAAAAAAGAUGUUUGAAAUUUGGAUUCAGUUGUUUCAAUGUAACCAAGAAAAAAAAAACGAACAAAAAAUAGUCAUUAAUUUACAGGCAAAUUUGGAUUGGGCUGGACAAUGUACCAAAUGGUGCACAUGUGACAGUAACAAGAAACUUAGCUGUACAAAUUUGGGUUGCUUAAAAGGUGGAUUAUGUCAAGCACCAAAUGCUACACUUGAAUUUGGUGAACAGAUAUAUAUCAAAAAUCGAGGUGCAUGUUUUUGUCAUUCUGGCAACUUUAUAUGUGAACUACCGGAAGAACCGUUUCGAUUCGAAAAAAGACUAUAUUUAUUGGUCGGAUAUUCGCAAAACGAAAUUGAUAUGCUUCGUGAAAAAAUUCCAGCCAGAAAACUUGAAGAAGCAUUUUAUUUUUCAUCCGAUAGUCUUGAACGUAAUCUUGCUAAAGCUUUACAGAAUGCAUUUGAAAGCUACAUUUCAACAGUAAGACCUCCAUUUAUUUUAUCUUAUACCGUCGAAUGGCAAGGUAUUAGCCGUUUUAGAAAUGAUACCAGACGACGAUUCCAUCGGGGACCAGAUGCUAAGCGGUGUUCCAUAUAUGUACAAGCGUUAGCAAAGAUGAUUGCCAGAAACGAAGUACCGCAUAGUCAACUACUUUUAUCAACAGUAAAACAAAUACGGGUAUUAGAUUUUUUGAGAGGUCUCCCAGAUAAUCAUUUUCGGGUAGUUUUGUUAACAUUUCUGCUUGAUUUCUUAACCUUAACUGCCUUCUUUAUUGUACGAAAAAAAAGCGACACCCACGACUAA